AUGACAAAAGAAGAAACCAUGACCAAAUCAGGCGAAGAAGUCAACGAAAGUAGCAAGAAGAGACCCGCAGUAACGCCCAUCACUUCGGAGGGAGACAUGCCACAAAAGAAGUUCUAUCGUCAACGAGCCCAUUGCAAUCCACUUUCGCACAACGAUGCCUUUGAGUAUCCACGAACACCACAAGAUAUGGACUGGACUGAGGAGCAUUAUCCAGAACCACCUGCUGGAAACAGCUUGCAACCAACAGUAUUGGAUAUUGGCUGUGGAUUUGGUGGCCUGACGAUUGCGUUAGCCACUCUGUUGCCCAAGGAAACCGUUUUGGGAAUGGAAAUCCGUGCCAAGGUGACGGAAUAUGUCCGACUACGAAUACUAGCUUCUCGCAAGGAGAAUCCAGGAUCCUUUCAAAACUGUUCUGUCAUGAGAACAAACUCGAUGAAGUUUUUGCCACACUACUUCAAACCACACAGUUUGAGUAAGAUUUUCUUUUGUUUUCCGGAUCCUCAUUUCAAGCGCAAGAAUCAUGGGCGACGCAUAGUAUCGGAGCGGCUCUUGUCGGAAUAUGCUCACUUUCUAAAGAUCGGAGGUCGCUUGUAUUGUAUCACUGACGUCAAGGAGCUGCACGAUUGGCAUGUGGAAAAGUGCAAUGCGCAUCCACUCUUUCGCAGAUUGGACGAUGAACAAGUAUUCAAGGAAGAUCCCUGUGUCCAUGCCAUGAGCGUGGAGACUGAAGAAUCCAAGAAGGUAGAACGCAACAAGGGAAGUAAGCAUUAUGCUGUUUAUGAGCGAAUUGAUGACUCGGAAGCCCCCUCUUUGGAUGCCGAAAGCUUCUUUGAUUGA